UGAAGGAGGCUCAGGUCCAAUAAAUGAAGCACAGCAGCAGAGCUUUGUCCAGACCCUUCAAGCAAGGAUAAGAGAUGAUACAGAUUGGGCUGAAGUAUAUCAACCCCAUGGAGGGGCCCAGAACAGAUUUAACUUCUGAAAAAACACACAGGAAAGUAGAGAGCAGUUUUAGAAUGGAUAUCCUCAAGGACAGCCACUUGGGCAUCACACAAGAGACAGUUAAUCCAAUUAAAAAACCUGUGCAAAUCACUGCCAAGGAUGCGGUAUGGCAUAGUAACCCAGCUUCCUGCCUAGGCUGCAGUGCAUUUGUGGACCAGACCAAGAUCCCCAAACUGAAUGAUGAUCAGGACUCUCAAGAACAGUUCCUUGGCAAGUCUAUGAAAGAGCUGAAGAAGCUAGCAAGGGAAGGCUGUUGGGCUAGAAGCCAUACCCUGAGGGCAGAGGCUUACCAGCACAUUAUCCAAGAGAUACCAUGCCGGCUAAUGACUCCUGAUGCCUUUGUCUAUAGAGAUGUUGCCAGCAAGUUAUUUGGAGACCAGAAUGAAAGCUUCGAUCCCUUGCCUGAAUUCCUGGCAGGAAGCAUCAUGCCCGAAUACUGCCUCACCCCAGAAGGGAUAAUGGCUCUGAAGAAAAUACUUAUCUGCAUUUCCAAUCUGUACCCUGAUAUCACUUACUGUCCUUUGCUCCCAGCUGUGACUGCCCUGAUGCUCCAUUAUAGCCAAGACGAGACCCAAUGCUUUGAGCUUACUUGCCGACUCCUCUCCUGCAAGGCUCCCCACACCUCCUAUAUAGACCACUCCUUCCUGGCUCAUGAGGCCUCCUGUAUGACCUUUGGGGACUUAGCCAAUAAGCACUGCCCAGCUGCCCACCAAUUGAUAGCAAGUUCAUCAGAGAACAUCUUUGAGGUGUACUCUGAGUGGCUGGUAUGGCUCUUUGAUGAUCUUCCCUUUAAUUAUGUCAUUCGCAUCUUUGAUGUGUAUCUCCUGGAGGGUCAAAAAGUCCUCUACCGCAUUGCUCUGGCACUGCUGAGGCAAUACCGGCUCUUUAUGACAUCAAGAGGACAAGAGGUGGUUGACAUCAAAGGAAGCUUACAGGCUUUCCUAUGGGACAUUCAUGAAUACUUGGCAGCAGACAAGCUUUUAGAGAAAGCAUUUGGCAUCCGACUUUUCUCCCGCAAAGAAAUCUGGCUUCUGCAAAUGGCUAACAGGAAGGCUUUGGUGGAUAAAGGAGUAACAAUGGUGCACCACAGACAACCAUUCCACCUCAUUGUGAAUGCACAUAAUUUUACUUCCACCAUUGUUACGGCUCAGGAAAUGCGCAUUGUGUGGUCCUGGAUCCCAGAACGAUUUUCUUUAUACUCACCGGUUCUCUUAUUCUCAACGUCUGAAGAUGGAUACAGUUUGCAAAGGUUUUAUUCCUGCUGUGAGGGCUCUGAACCAACUUUACUGUUGUUAAAAAACACACUGGGAGAAGUGUGUGGAGCAUUUCUUUCCUCUGACUGGAAUGAAAGGAAAAAAAGUGGAGGAGCAACAAGCUUCUUUGGCACAGGAGAAUGUUUUAUUUUCACAGUCCAUCCUGAAAUGGAGCGAUAUGAAUGGGUGUUCAUCAAGAAGCCAGAACAAGUUAAAGCUCUACCUUGCUCCCAACGCCAGCGUUCUCCAUCUCCCUUUUCUCUGGAGGGUCACAGAACAACCAGCUCAAACCACCUCACUGUACCAAAGUUAGAAACAAUUAAAUACCGUCUCUCUCCUUUCCUGGCAAUUAGACACUUCAAGUUGCCUUCCAAAACAGCCUCCAUGUUUAUGUCUGGAAGCCAGGAAGGAAUUAUCAUAGGGGGAGGUGGAGGCCAGGCUCUGUAUAUUGAUGCUAAUCUGAAUCAUGGAAGAACAGAACACUGUGAAACGUUUGACAACCCUCCUCUCUGCCAGCAAAACUUCCAGGUGCAGCUGCUAGAAGUUUGGGGAUUUCAAACCUCCUGAUCCUCCCUUUCCUCCAUGUGAUGGAAACCUUUCACUGAGAUUCCUCUCCAAAGCACUGCAUAUCAUCAGGGGAUGACUGAGAGUUGGAUAUGCAAGAAGCAAGAAUAGAUCUUUAAAUAUUUUGAGUAAUUGUCCAUUAUUACAGUCUUUUUGGCCAGAAUCUCUGGAGCGUAACAAAAGAUACUAGAUGAUUUAUAUUUACCCUCAACUGUUCUACUUGGACUUCUGAAAGGAUUAAUUUUGAAAAAAAAAAUGGAAUUGCCAUUGAUCAUAUGCCUACUUACUCUGAUUAUUAGACAAAACAUAUGAAGUCAGAGGUUAUCCAGAAAUUUUAAUAUGUGGAUGGUAUGUGCAGAAAUGGUCCCAUGAGAGAACUAAAGAAGGGCUGAAUUUAGGUAUCAAAUUGGCAGAACAGUUCCGAGAUAUACCUUGGCAACUGGCGCUCACUGGGACUAAUAGAGUAAAGGGAAGGGAGACCAACAGUAGCAGUCGAUUGAUUUUAGUUUUGUUUCCAUCUCCUUCACUGGUGAAAAAACUGAAGACACUUGAACACUGCAGUACAAUUCUAGUAAUGGGAACAUUACUAGAAAAUUGCCAAUGUUUCCUCAACUGUUCAUUUUUGCACUUAUUUUAAAAUGUGACACUGGGAAAUAAGGGACAAUAGUAUUAUGAUAUUUGCCUUUUAUGAACUUGUUCUGCAUACCUGUGCAACCCUGAGUCUGUGCUGUACACUCAAGAUCUUAUCCCUAUUGUCACAACAAGACUUCAGAAUGCCUUCAAGGUGCCAGAGAACUUCUUACAAAGGAACUAAGACAACUACUGAAUAGGCUACUUUUUUGACUAAAUGCUUUUCAUUAGUAUGGUCCCUAAGCAUCACAUUUCACGUGUUUUACAUUAAGAAAUGUCAGUAAAAGAUUUCCUGUAAAAAAGAAUGGAACUUUCCUUUCAUGAGUUAAUGCUUUUAUAUAAGAAAUGAACAUAGCACAGCCAGUCUGCCCAAUUCACCUGCUUUAAAGAUGAAAGAAAGUAGAAUUGUCUUUGGUCUUCAGCUGAUAUUUCAGUUUCCUUUCAGGCUUCAACAAUGAAUAAAUGUUGCUGAACAAACAUGGCUCUUGUCAUCAAAGCUGUGCAUUUAAAAGAAAGAGCAGUAUAGUAUGCCUGCCAACUGACACUUGCAAACAUCAUUGGUAUUCAAAAUAUAAUAGCAGUGUAUACAAGACUAUUAAAGUAAAUGCACAGAACAUGUUGACUGUGUUGAGGAACAUGACCUAUAAUAAGUUUUAGAGUCUAUCCAAUAAAACAGUGCUUUGUGGCACCACAAACAGAAUGUGGCACCAAAGGAAAGUCAAUUCUAGACCGUGAAAGUUUAUUCCAUAAUAAAUGGCUUAGUCUUUCAGCAGCGACAGGAAUCUUUCCUGUUUGUUUGUUUGUUUGUUUUACCCCUGGAAGAUUUGUUUGCUGUCUAUUUUUAUUUUUCAAAUUGUAGCUCUUGUUCUUGUGCCUACUUUUGCCAUUUACUGAGCACAUAACUGAUCAAUACAUCCCAAGGUGACAUUUUCAGGAAAGCUGUAACAAUACAGGAGAAAAUGAACUAUAACAAUGUUGCAGUCUGUCUAGUCAUAACUAAAGUCAUGAAGACUUCAUUGUUGUUAAGACUUUCAUCCAGUGAUAACUAUUAAUAGAGGAAAUCCAUCAAAUGUGGUCUAGAGGAGAGCUCCAGGACAAUAUCCCAAUAAAGCAUCCAUUCCAGUUCACCUCUGCAAGUAGUGGCCAUGAUCUCAAUAUGGUCAUCCUUGAGCAGAAGAUUACAAAGAUCAUUAAAUUGCAAAACAGCUAAGCAGAAAUCCACUGGGUGUGUUCACAUAACAGGCUUAUUUUAGUAACUGAAUUAACCAAUUUUCUGAGUUUGCAUGAUAUGUUGAAUUAUACACUAACCAGACAAGUUUACACAAUACAUUGUCACACAUUGACAUCAAGAUUAACACUACCAAAAUUAGCAUAUUAUGCAAAUGCAGCCAAUAAAUCUUUAUGUGACUGUUUAAAUGUGCUGUGGGAACGUAGCUGCUACUUCCCAACACUUAAAUCAGGAAUAUUUUGGGUUGAGAGUUUUAACUUGGCAUUUUGAGUAUCAUUCCAGGUACUGGUCCAAAAAAAUGUGGCCAGAACCAAAACAAAGAAUUAAAUUAAUGCUUACAAUUUUUCCAUGUAUUUAUGUAAUUCAUGUAACUG